AUGGCUGAGCCAUCUCCUACUCUGUCUGACGUUGAGGGCAGUCCUUCGAGGAAGCGAGAUAGACCUGAUGAAGAGUUAGACCAGAUGCUUGAAGAAGCUGCCGCUAAUGAAAAAGCUCCAGCAUGGGCCAUUCAGAUGCAGUCAGUGGUUACAGAGCAGGUCUCCAUUCUGGGUCAGAGUUUGCACGGGCUGUCAAACAGGAUUGACAAGCUUGAGGCGAAGAGGUCUUCCGAAUCUGAUAGGCUUUCAUCCUUGGAGAAACAGCUGGAGUCGAUGAGCACAGUUGUUCAGAAGCUUCAAGGGGGAAGUGGUGCUUCGGGAUCUAUGGCCGGUGCGGCUGCAGUGCCGCGCCCCUCUAACCUGAAUGACCCCUGGUCAGCCUACAUACGGAAUCAGCAGGACGCAGCCAAAGGGGAUGAUUCAGGUAUGGGUGGUGAUGGUGGCCUGGCUGGCCCUCUUGGUUCUGCUGCAGCAGCCCCGGCGAAGGCUCCGACUGUGUUCAUUUCUUUGCCUUCCUCUCCCGCCAGCAGCCCGAUUCGUAGGGAAGCAUUGCGUGAAACAGAGCACUCGCAUGUUGUGCUGGGUGGGUGGGCCCAAGACACCCGCAGAGCAACCAUAGAGCAGGAUGCUUUGAAGGUGAUCGGCCUCUUUCCCAAGGGUCUUUCGUAUGACAGGUAUGUUAUAUUUGGUCAAAGGGCUUCCACGUGUCACAUAUCCUUGCACCCUCUGGACUCUGCAGAUGCUGAAAGAAAUCGCUUCUACCUUGCGCAAAAUGCGGCGGGAAGGCGAGUGCAAGCCACAGGUGGUGACCUCAUCUGGGUGUCUCCAAGCCGGAGUCCCGAAAGGAGAGCCCGUAACAAAAUCACUAGGGCUUUCUUGGAGAAGCUCGAGCAGCUCACAAAGCCGGCACCUCCUGUGAGAAAGUGGGAUUGGAGGCUGACUGGACCAAGCAGAUGUGGAUCGCUGAUCAGCGUGUUUGCGCCCCAAAACCGGAGGAUUUGUGUGCCAACCCAUAUGAGCAGGUAA